CAUUAUUGAUUGCACGCAUCACUCUCAUUGUUACAGAUCCAGGUCGUGCGUAGACGCAUUUCUGCUCUCCUGACGCAAGCAGCAAAAGACGACAUGAUGAGAAGAGAAGUUGUUGGUUUACUCGCCGCGCUGCUCUUUGUCCAACUUCGAACGUCAGUUCAGCAAGAAUGUAACAGUCAACCUUGUCUAAAUGGUGGAACUUGCAAUGAAACGUCUGGCGGUUUCGAAUGCAUUUGUGCAGGAAACUUCACGGGAACUCAUUGUGAAUGUGAUCCAUAUGAGCAAUGCAACUUUGGUCUGCGACAGGGUAUCUGUAAUCCAUCUUUUGACGUUAGCACAGCACCACAUGUAGGUACCAAUCCUACCUGCCUUUGUGCAACUGGUUUCACUGGUUUGGCUUGUGAUGAAAACAUUAAUGACUGUGUACACAACAAUGGAAGUCAAUAUUGCAGCAAUCUUCCACUGCAGCCUCCAUGCGCAGAUAGAACAAACGAUUUCACUUGUGAUUAUUGUGCUAUUGAUGUGUGUAAGAACGAUGGCACAUGUGAGCUGAACGAGAGAAAUCGAACCUUCAACUGUAUGUGUCCAUUACACUUUGAUGGCGAAUUUUGUGAGAUAGUACUGUGUAGUCGCUCUCAGAACUGUAGCGGAAAUGGCAGUUGCAACUCACAGUACAGCUACGCUGCACCUAACUCAGAGCCACUUUGUGUAUGUGACCUUCAUUAUGAAGGUACUUCUUGUGAGAAAGAGCUUUGUUCAUCAGAAAAGAAUUGCAGCAAUAAUGGCAUAUGCAGCUCCAUUUAUGACUAUGCGAAUCCGGAUAAGUCUCCAUUAUGUGUAUGUAACACUAAUUACACUGGUGUGCAGUGUGAAAGUGAAAUUUCACUACCUACAACUGCAGCAACACCCAGUGUAAUUGCCAGCACAAGUUCUGAAUCUAUAGCUUCAUCAUCUUCUCCUUCAUUGCCUCCUUCACCGUCAGCAUCUUCACCGUCAGUUUCAGUGCCCUCAACAUCUUCAUCCUCAGCGACUGUGGAGUCGGUGUCUUCUUUAUCCCCAGUGACUUCUUCAUCCUCAGCAACAUCAUCACCCUCAACGACUUCUUCACCCUCAACGACUUCUUCACCCUCAACGACUUCUUCACCCUCAAUGACUUCGUCACUCUCAACGACUUCUUCACCCUCAACGACUUCACCCUCAAUGACUUCUUUACCCUCACCGACUUCUUUACCCUCAACAACUUCUUCACCCUCAACGACUUCUUCACCCUCAACGACUUCACCCUCAACGACUUCUUUACCCUCAACAGCUUCUUCACCCUCAACGACUUCUUCGACCCCACAACCAUCACUUGUGGUUGGAGAAGUGAGCGAUGAUGGUCCUAACAAAGGUGCUAUCGCAGCAGGAGUUGUUGUUGGAGUACUGGUAAUUGUAGCUGUCAUUGUGAUUGCUAUUGUAUUUUACCGACAAACCCACAAUACGCAACAUUCAUAUAGCCCUGCAAAGGAAAUGGCCAAAACUGGAACUGGAGGAGGAGCAGCACUUUCCAUGGCUGAGAAAGGUAAUGCUAACGGCAACCCACAACCAGACGGAGAACGAUUGAUCUAAUUGACAGCUUGCAGACCCACAUUUUAUGGUGUAGUUGUUAUGGAGCACAUGCUUAUAGUGAAGUUUGAUGUGCCUGUGUUUUGAUUAAGAUUUUAGGAUUGGCAUUUUCAAGUUUAUAGUCGCUUUUGGCCAGACAUAGAGGUGUCUAAUCAUUGUUUGAAUGGCAAUUAAUUAUUCUAAGUGAAAUGGUGUUGUUGUGUCAAGUCCAUUGAAUCAA